GCUGUCCGGGUGGGCCGAACUCGGCUUCGGCUUUUGGAACUGAUUUUCCGCGCUUUUUCCUUAAGAAAAUCCUCCUCUUUUGUUGGUUUAUGGGCGCAAAUACAGGCAGCAAUAGUAGCUGACCACUGGAAAGCAAUCCAGAGUCGUGUUGCAAGUGAUUUUCCGUUCGAAAGAGGUCCCGGAAAAGCAUGACCGGGUAGUGCGAUUGGCGCCACAGCUUCAAAAUGAAAAUUUUCCAGCCAAGUUGGGUGCAUCAUGAUGAGAAAUCCAUCUUUUCCAUCGAUAUCCAUCCGUGCGGCGAACGGUUUGCGACCGGUGGUCAAGGAUGCGAUUCAGGUCGGGUCGUUAUCUGGAACAUGGCCCCGGUGGUAAGCGAAGAAGCGGAAGCCAACAAGAGCAUCCCGCGCAUCCUCUGCCAGAUGGACAACCAUCUGGCGUGCGUGAAUUGCGUACGAUGGUCCGGGAACGGGCUUAUGUUGGCUUCCGGUGGUGACGAUAAGCUCGUGAUGAUCUGGAAGAAAACGGCCGGCGGCGGUGGUGGCUUCGGUGCGUUCGGUGGCAAAUCGGUGGAACACUGGCGCUGCAUCUCGACCCUCCGUGGUCAUGCAGGCGAUGUGCUGGAUUUGGCCUGGUCACCGCAGGACCGAUGGAUCGCUAGCUGCAGCGUUGACAACACGAUCAUCAUCUGGGAUGCACAGCACUUCCCGAAGAUCGUCCAUGUGCUGAAGGGACACACGGGACUGGUGAAGGGUGUUACGUGGGACCCGGUCGGGAAGUUUGUGGCCUCACAAAGCGACGAUCGAUCGCUGAAGGUGUGGAAGACGACCGACUGGAGCUGCUUCAAAACAAUCACCGAACCGUUCGAGGAAUGUGGAGGCACAACGCACAUCCUGCGGUUAUCGUGGUCACCCGACGGACAGUACCUUGUAUCAGCGCACGCCAUGAACGGUGGUGGUCCGACGGCACAAAUCAUCGAGCGUGAUGGCUGGAAGUGCGAUAAAGACUUUGUUGGCCACCGUAAAGCGGUCACGUGUGUUCGAUUCCACAAUUCUAUCCUCAAAAGGAUGGCCCCGAAAACGAACAAACUGCAGCAGUACUGUUGCCUGGCCGUGGGGGCACGAGACAGAAGCCUCUCGAUUUGGUUGACGGCCCUACAGCGACCACUGGUGGUGAUUCACGAUCUGUUUCAGGAUUCUAUUCUUGAUCUCGCCUGGAGCCACGACGGGUACACGCUGUUGGCGUGCAGCGGCGAUGGACACAUCGCUUGCCUUCAGUUUACUGCACAAGAGCUCGGCACACCAUUGUCCGAGGAAGACAAAAACAUCCUGUACCAACGAAUGUACGGCAAGAAUGCAAAUUUCGAUCUAACGGUUCAGGCGGAAAAGGAAAUGAUCGUUGAGAACUCGGAUUUCCUGAAUGUCUCCAAAAGUAAUCCCGUUCCACCGACGCUAAUCCCACAGCAGGGUGCGAGGAAGGAGGAAAUGCCUCGUACAACCAACACGGCCGACAAUAGGGCCGCCGUUCAGUCACCCCACGCUAUGGCCAUUCAGUCUUCCUCUAGUCUAUCGGCGCACGCACCGAUUCUGAAGCAGAUUGAAACGAAAACGGCAGACGGUAAGCGGCGCAUUACGCCCAUGUUCAUACCGCUGAACGACGAUAACGGUGGUGCCAUCGCUGGUGUGGCCAACAGCACACCAGGGAUCGUGUUCGGUAGUAAAUCGAGCGAAAGUCUACCGAGCAACGAUCUAAAGCCACUGAUAAACGAUGAAUCGAGUCAACUAACAGCGACCAGCACGAUGGAAUCGAUCGACAACAAUGCUUGUAAGCUGGAUACUAGACUGAAAAAACUUGCCACCGCUCCACCGCCACAGAAAGCCGAAGCUAUCUCGAAUCAAUCAGAGCAGUCCGUGGUAAGAGCAUCGAUAGCGACACCAAACCAAAGGCUCGUCGAUAGGACACGCCAACCUGCGUCGGCUACCGGCAAAGCUACCGUUAUCCAGGGCAACUCGUUCAAGGCAUUCGGUGAGGUGCGAGUGCAGAUACAGAAUAACUGCGUGAAAACGUCGUACGGUAGCUUGGGCCGCGUAGUUGGCGUCAUGGUGACGCCUCCGCAGCGCACGGAAAAGAAACUGUGGGAAACCGUCGUAGGUUCGCCAAUAGUUUGCUUUGCCGUUGGUGCUAAAUAUGCCGUCGUGUGCAGCCAAGAUUACACCAUCCGAUUGCUGGAUAUCAAGACCGGAACACCCGUGUUUCCUGUGCUCACUCUGACGAGUCCGGCUGUACAGAAUGCAUUUAGUUCCAACUCAAAACUGGUUGCUGUGCUAACCGAGAAUGGUACUUUGCGCAUCUGGAAUGUGCCCGAAAAGGCCGUUUACCUCUCGACCAAUUGUUCCGAUAUUCUCAGUGGAAGCUUUGUAACAGUUUUGCACGUAUCGGAUCAAGGCAUGCCAUUCAUCGUGCUGGCGAACGGAUCUUCAUACUGCUACUGCCGCAAGCUGGACAGCUGGAUGCUAAUCAACUCGCCCGAUCCGAUCAUGCGUCACGGGUUGAUCGGUAACAAGGCGAAUGCGCCGGUGCGAAACAUGAAAGUGUACCCCCUGUCGACGAUACAAUCGUACGGCAGCUUUUCCGGACCCAAGACGAACAGCUUUGCCGAGCUACAUUCAUCAUCUUGGCAAACACCCGCAUCGAUAUCGUUCAUUGAGAACCAAAUCAAGAUCUGCGAGAUGAUCAGUUCGCCCGUCGAGCUAAAGUACUGGUAUUCGAUGUUGGGCUUCCAAUUAGCACUCAACGGUAGCGAAGAGAAGAUUCGGCAAGUGUUGGACGAUCUGCUCGGGGCCUCACCGCACAGCCUCGACACGUCGAUGGGCGACGACGGUGAUCCGGCCGUACUCGGCAUCUCGAAGCACGUGUUCAUGGAGGAUAUUCUAAAUCACUUCAAAACGCAAACAAAGUGGCAACGCAUUUACACCGAAUACCUCGAUCAGCUAAAGUUCUUAAAAGAACGCGACGGACGAGAUAGCGCACGGAUGGAGUGAUGGAUAAUAAAAAAAG